UUCUGCUGGCUGGUGUUUAUGCUAAUGAGCCUCAAAACGAGGUUAUAUUUACAUGCAAAUGGCGGUGUUCCUUCUCAAUAAUUGUAAAUUUCAGGGUUGUGGACGUGCCUUUUCAUCUUUAGCUGAUCUUAUACACCACAUCGAGGACUCACAUAUUGAUGCAGAUCCUAAAAUACUAGAAAAACAAGAAGGACAACAGCCACCAUCUUUAGCACUCAGUUAUAUUCUUAAACAUUUUGCCAAAGGUGUACCAAUAAGAAAAGACGCAGAUCACAAGAAAAAGGCAAAAUCAAGAGUUCCUUCUCCGCCAUCUAUCCGCAGCUCAACACCUACAAGUAGUGAUCUAGGUGAUGAUGAUGAUAUUUGCAGCGAGGAUGAAGAUAGUGAUGACUCGUACACAACACAGGAAGAAUUUACCACCGAGCUGAUACUUGGUAUGAUGCAGAAUUUGAAGGAUGGAGACGUGGACAAACCAUUUGCUUGUCCGGUACCUGGCUGUAAAAAACGAUACAAGAAUGUCAAUGGAAUGAAGUACCAUGCUAGACAUGGGCAUAGAAAAGAUUCCAGCUUAUUCUGCAGGGUGAAGAAGGCAUUCAAGUGUAAGUGUGGCAAGAGUUACAGAACAGCCCAGAAACUUCGUGCACACAUGAUAGUGAAACACUCGACAACAGAUUUGCUCAAGCAGACGACACCUGUCACUCUCUCCACUACAGUGACGCCCAGUUCUCAGCAGGUGAUACGUUUCUUACAAAAUGUAUCCUCUUCCCCUCUCAUGACUAAUGCCAUUUUCUCCGUCCCACCUUCUGUUGCUCAGUCAGCUCUUGCCACUGGUACUUUAACACAGACCAGCCUCAAUCUGGUACCUGUCACCGUGACAACAACAAAACAGGGGCAGAUCACUCUAGCAAGCACUGGAGCAACACUGCAGCUGAUUGGCUGUCCACAGACAGAGAUGAUGACAUCAGUAGAUAUGAAAUCAGAAUGAGGCUGGAAGUUUGGUGACAUUGUUGAUGUACUUCUGUUACUUUGAAAGUAGUAACAAAAUGUAAAGUUUGGUGCUAUUUGGCACGGGUGAGAUAAUUUAAAUGUAUUAUUUUUUUCCGGAUUUCAAUACAGGGUGUUUAGUUUAUGUGCUACUUUGAAAUUAGAAAUAUUCUAUUUAGUAAACAAUACACAAAUUUAUCUUUUUCUACAACAAAAUUUUCCUAUUUACUUCUGUAAGUAAAGUAAGUUGGAUUUGUUGUAUAGCUUAAAGCUAAAAAAAACUACAGCAAAAAACCAACCUAAACAUUUAAAUUUGACUUAUUUUAAAGAAUCUUGAACAUAAAAUUGGCCUAAAUCAAUAACCAGUCAAGCAUUAUUAGUUGAUACAUUUUAAGAAAUAUUUCAUGCACAAAUGUGAAGCUAUAAAUUAGGCUAUAUGGAAGAAAGAAGUUGGUUUUACAGUUACAUGAAAUUGACAUUAAAAUUUCCCUAACUCAGAUAAUUAUUUGAUAGAUUUUGAGCCAGACAUUAUUUUUUUAACAGUUCUUUUUCCAUGUGAAAAUUAUUUUUUUUGAAAAAUGUAUUACCAACUUAAACCAACAUUUUUUAUCCGUAUUCCUAAUGCGGUAUUUUUACGAGCUUUUUUGCUUCAUUAUAUAUUAUACUAGUGUAACCUGCAUCUUGAUCAGAAUGCAGAUUUUACAAUACCUAUCUUCACAGUUUUUUUUUUUUUUCAAUUCAAUUUUGUUUCCACUUUGCUUCACAGUUCAUUCAGCAACGAAAAAUUUAUAAGAUAAUAAAAGCAUUAAUUAGUUAGUGUGCCUUUAGAUAUUGUCAGUUAUGUUGUGAAGGGGUAAACAUAAUUCAUAUAUAUAUAAAUUUAUAAACACACAAAAAAAAAGAAUUCAAAACUUUUAUCAGUACUUACGUUAAUGUUAUUGUUAAAGUUUUGCUUUUGUCUGGGGGAUCUGAGGAGACAUCUUAUUUUACAUUGGAAACAGUAUAGAUUUCAAUAAAAAAAGUAACUCCUUAGGUCCACUCUAGGAACAAUUCUGGAUUUUUCUUUAAUCAACAAAUAGGAAUUAUUUUUAGGUACCCUUUGACCAAAUGAUGUUUUCUUGAUUUUGACUCAUUCAUUUUUUUUAUCCUGUCAGUAAUAAACCCUUAACCUGCUAGAACCAGAAAAUGAGAUUAGCCUUUGCCACCAAUCUAGAGCCAGGUCAACAAGAACACAGACUACUGUGUUCUGGUUGGUUACUCAGUUUUUGUAUUAUGAUGGUGAAAUCUAUUAAAUUUUAAUGAACUUGUCCCAAGUAUCUACUAUUAAAUUUUAAAUGGACUGUUUCAAUUUAAAACACAGGUGAAUCAGUGACACAAAUUCAGCAGAUUGAAAUUUAAUGGAAAAACGGAAGUAAACAAAAGAUAAAAAUAAAAAAUGCAAUAUCUUAUUUAGGAUGAAACAAAUGGAUGUUUGAAAAACACAGCUUAAAUUCAAGAAAGUAUCAUUUGAAGUCUGCUCUUUACCCUUUUAGUGAUGAAUUUUGAUGAUUUUUUUUUUAUUAAAUUGUAAGUACUUUUUAAGCUUUCACUUUAAUUAUUCAAGCCACCUGUAAAGUGCACAGCACAGCACUUCACAAUGAGAGUAUGUUAUUACUACAUGAUUAAAUUUUCUGUGUGGAGAAAGGAAUUUGAAAAAUAUAUGAUUAAAAUGUAAAACAUAUCAAUGUACUAAGUGAAUCAGUCAGCAAUAAAAUUUGACUAACCAAACUAAAAAAUUACUUAAAUAUAUAAAUUAUAUAUUAGGGAGAUUUGAUGUACAUCAAUAAGGUACAACUUGUUUUUACAAUCUCAGUGUUAAGAUUCGAGCCUGUUUUUUCUAAUAAAAAAAGUAAUUAUAAAUUUAUGAAGAAAAUUGCAGUGAUUUUAUAAUUGAAAUCAAGAUCUCUGACCAGUCAAUUCAUUUAGUUAAAUUGUCAGUUCUUUCUUUUUUUUAAAUUUGAUUUAGUGUCUUGACACACUGUUGAGAUUUUUUUUUAAGGCAGGGGCGGUUUAAGUACUGCUUCCCUCCUUAGAGAAUUAUAUUAUAAAAUAGGAAAUUUAGUGUUUGAAAUUGUUACAUAAAUCAAGUGAAGCAUUUAAAAUGGAAAAAAAUGUGCAAAAUUUAACAAGUAUAUACUCAAAAUUACAUUGCAAAUCUUUUUUGUGUGCGAUUCUUAGAAAAACACUUCCUUUUUUGGUCAUUUUGCACAAUGUAAAUUAAUACUCUGGAAAAUGUGGAACAAGGGAAUGAUCAGAAACUUCGUACACAAGUUACAGGGCAUGGUAGACAAAUCUCUGAAAAAUAUUUCCAGUCCUGUCAUGUCAAAAGCCUCAUUCAAGGUCUUUAAUGAUAAUACUAUCUAUAAUAAUGUGAUGGAAAAUCUUAUUAUAUAACGAUCUAUAAUAAUGUAAUGGAAAAUCUUAUAAUAUAACGAUUAUAAAUGUAUAAAUUGCGAUAAUAGAAAUGUGACAGAAAUUUUAAUAAUAAUUAUCAAUGCAUACAGUUAUUAAUAUGUAUAUAUAUUUAUUCUUUAGUUUAGAUGUUAUGAUUAGGUUUUGCAUAUAUAUAUAUAUUAUAUAGAUAUGGAAAAAAAAAACUUUGUAAUAAUAGUGUGCAUAAACUUAACAGGUUAUUAUUUUGUGUAAUUGUUUAAUUUAUUGUCUUUCUUUAUGUUAUAUUUUGUGCCAAAAUUAUAUAAAAAUGGAUCAAAAAACAAUUGUUUGUGAUACAGUUAUAUAUGGUCUGAGUGUGUUCCUUUAUUGUCCAGUGUUUUACUUGAGGUAAUUCAUUGUGUUUAAUCAAUUUGUCGACACCAUGUGUCGAAAUAUAAUAAUGAGCUGCGCCAUGACAAAACCAACAUAAUGCGUUUGCGACCAGCAUAGAUCUAGACCAGCACGCGCAGUCUGAUCAGGAUCCAUGCUGUUCUCUUGCAAACCCUAUAACAAGUAGAGAAGCUGAUAACAAACAGCAUGGAUCCUGAUCAGACUGCGAGGAUGCGCAGGCUGGUCUGGAAUAAUGCUGGUUGCAAACACAUUAUUUUGGUUUUGUCAGGGCACGGUGAAAUAUAAAUAUGUGCAAUAUAUUAUAUAUAAUAAUAUGUAAAAGAAACAAUCUGUAUGAUGCCUUUGUUGAAAUAAUUGAAUUAAAAAUAUGUGAAUAUGUAAUAAGUGAAUAUUUCUUGAAAAUGUAUGUGAAACGAAAAUUUAUGGUCAAUGCCAAGAUGUGUAUUGCUAGAAAAUAAACAGGGUGGGAAAACAGUUGUAUGGAUUGAAAAUUAAAUGAACAAAUCUUGUUUAAUGUACAAAAAGCAAAGGUAUUGUAUAUAGUAUCGUAUGUAGAAUAAGAAUUAUGUGACAAGUUGAUGAUUUUUAGACAAUUUUCAAUACUACAAUUUGUUUUCUUCACUUGAAAACAAAAAAAGGCUUAUACCAUUCAGGCAUUAGGGUGCGUAUCUUCUAAUUAUUGACUUGUAUAUUUAUCAUGAUAAACAAUAAUAAUGUUAUAGUAGCUUAAAAGUGCAUUUGUGAUUUUUAUUGCGCUCUUUAAUAUUUUGAUUAAUUGUAAUCAUUAUUAUUAUUAUGAUAAGUAGUUUUCUAGCAUGCUUUAUUCAAAUGUUAUAGCCAUGAUUUUUUUUAUCAUUCUUAAAAAUGUUUAACCAUGCAUCCAUAUAUAUAAUCAAUCCUAGAGGGAGUGAAAUAUGGUGUAUUUAUAAAUAUGAAAAAUAAUAAAUCUGCUGUUUUUAUGAACUUGCCCUUUUUUUCAUUAUAGUUGUAAAUGAUACCUGCUUUUUGUAUAACUAAUGGCUGGACCAUUUUUUGAACUUGCAAUAUUUUUUUUCUCUCCCUCCCCCUCUCAUAUUUCGUACAUAUUCUAUAUAUUUUUAAUCUGUAUUAAUUUUCAGAAGAAAUGAUCUGUAAUAAUUCUGUCUUUCAUGAUUGUUUUCACCUCAUUCUUUCGUAUUUAUUAUAUCCACUAGAUUUUUAUAUAUAUUAGACCCCUUCCUGAGACUGUAUAUAAUGGACUAGCCCGGAUCUUGAGUUGGAACUGUCCAUUAUCACUUGUAGGGAAUUGAAUUUUGAAAUAUUAUAUUAGUCUUAAGUGUCACAAAUUCAGCAAUCCAAUAGUACAGAGUCAUAUCAGAUUGCGUAGAUAUGGAGGCUGGUUUGACCUUAUACUGGUUGCUAAGGCGACAAUCACUCAAAGGUCAAAUGGUCAAGGACAAGUAAAAAAUGAAAUCUUACAAGGUAUAUUUUAUCAUAAAGAUUCCAAUAUUCUUUAAGAGAUCUGUAUGGCAAUAAAACUUGAGAACUUGUGUUAAAGAACGACAGUAAAUGGAAAAUAUUCACAUAAUGUGAAACCUUACUAAUGGUAGGGACAAAGCAUAUACAAUACAUUUAUUACUAGUGAAUUUGUUAGUUUUUACUGAAAUUACUGAAAUUUUCUCUUCUGCAUGCUAUACUUUUUGUUUCAAAUAUGUUAGAAAUAUACAUAUCUUAGAUUUAUGGUACUGAAUAAUAAUUUUGUAAUAGUUUUAGAAAGAGAAGAUAUUAAGCUGUUUAAGUUUGCAACAUUUUUUUUUCAGCUUUGAAAAAGGUUUAAUAGGCUUGUUCUUACUACAAAACAAACAAACAUUUUGUAAAUUACAGAAAUAAUAAGAAAAUUGGUAUUAAUUCUUUGUUAUAUAAUUAUCAUAUAUAGAUUUCCUAAUUUGAAAAUGACUAAUGAAUGUCGAUUAUUUUACAUUUACAAACGAAAUAAAUAUUUAUGUUUUUUCGCUUCUGUAAAAAAGCUAAGAUUCAAUUUCAUAUUUUGUGCAAAUCUUUUUUUCAUGGCAUAUCGAAUUUUGACUUUGCAGCAUUGCAGUGUCUGAGCUAAUAUUUUGAAUAUUAAAUUCUUUUAGAAGUGAAAAUAUUGUAAAUUUUGAAGAAUUCACUAAUUUUUAAUAUGAGUAACUUUCAUUCUACACUUUACUCUAAAGGUCCCUGAUAACUUUCCUUGUUAUAUAUUUUCAGCAUCAGAAUCAUGUAUAUAUACAUGUUCUUCAUUGUCUUUAUAUUGUUGUAAUUUUUUUCCUAUUUGUUCUGUUGUAGUUUAUUUCUUGUAGAAAAUCAGUAAACUUACAUUUAACACAUCUCUUUCUCUCAUAAUGUGCAAUUGAAUAUCAUUUUUAUAAUUUUUUGAAAAGUUGAAUGAUUUACCAUAUCAGUUCUUUUUCAAUUAUAAUAUGUUAACUGAGUGUUUUUAGUUUUUUUUCUUGGUUUAUUAUUAUCAAAAUUCACCUUAUUGCAAGAACGGGUUAAUCACUUAUAUAAUUUAAUAGGUAUUAACCCAUUAUUGCACUAAGAUGACGAUAUAUAAGUUUCAUAUAUAGUAGUAAUGCACCAGUCAGGUAAUGUGUGUAAUUCCAGACUCCACCCUCCCUAGCUAACAAAGGGCAGUCCAGAAAACAAGCCAAGUUUUUACUUUCUGUCAGUCCCAACUCUGCUUGGUUAAUGUCUUGUUUUUGUGCCAAAUUAGCCAAUGAUAUCUCUAAUUUUGUGGGGACAUUUAGCUUAGAUAUUAUCUGUUGUACUUGCAGAUUGGGGCCUUUUCCUUUGGGUUUGAUUAUUUUAAAGUCAAUGCAUGAUUUAAUUAGGGUGUAGGGAAGAUUGGAGGGUGGGUGGCAAAUAUUACAAUUGGAGGGUGGAGGGCAGCUGUUACAAUUGAAGGGUGGGGUGCACUCAUUUCAAUUGGAGGGUGGAGGGCAGAUAAUGCAAUUGGAGGGUUGAGAGCAGAUAAUGCAAUUGGAGGGUUGAGAGCAGUCCUUUCAUUUGAAGGGUGGAGGGCAAACGUUACAAUUGAAAGGUGGAGGGCAGAUGUUACAAUGGAAGGGUGGAGGGCAGUCAUUUCAAUUGGAGGGUGGAGGGCAGAUGUUACAAUUUGAGGGUGGAGGGCAGAUAUUACAAUUGACUGGUGCAUAAUUUGAUAAACUGAUUGUUGAUAAUAUGCUAUGAUAAUAUUCUACGCUACCUUCAUUUAUAUAGAAGGAAAAAAUUGUUUUUAGUAAUAAAAUUGUUGAUUUUUUCAUACUAACAUGGUUAUUGCAGAAUUUGUUAAAAUGUUUUCAAAUUUAAUACUUACCAUGCUAAAUACCCUAAAGGACUUGUCCAUCUUUCAGUCUGGACAAGACCAUUAUUUUUAUUUUUAGGAAAAAUCUCAAAGGCUUAAUAGUAAAUAGUGCAGAAAAUUAUCAGACCACAUGAUUAUUCUUUUAUAUUUUCGUCAUUUCAAUGCAAAACUUCAAAUAAAUCUUCUGUUCCACAUACUAUUUCCCAUUGGUAUAUAACUUUAAUUCCAUAAAACUGGCAGAAAUCAUUUAUUGUUAAAUGUGGAAAAUAAUUUUUUUAGUUUAUUUUUUUUUUCUCAUUUUUCUAUUGUUUUCCUUUUAGAAACAUUAUAUUUUUCUCACUCCAUUAUACUAUACUAUAAGUUGAAAGUAGAAUGGUAUAUAAAUAUUUGAUAGAAAUAAUGUACAAGUAUUGGUUUCUGUCGUAGAACCAUUGUUAUUGUUAUAUAGUUAAUAAAAUACAAAAACCCAA